CCCCCCCGCACCCAUUUCCACUCCCCCUCUCUUUUCUCUGUGGCUCCCUUGGAAAUGGAGGCACGGAGAUUGCAGUCAGCUGAUGGGUGCUGCUGAGCUCAGGAAAAGCCUCCCCUCCUCCUUCUCUCUCCAUCUCACCGCCUUCUCGGCCUCCCCAGCCCCGACAAAGGGUCUCGCUGUCGCUGGUCCCCCCCCCCAGGGGCGGUUGGGUCAGAUUAUCCUAUCCCGCCUCCCCCCACCGCCACCUCCUUGGAAUUGGAGAGAGGUUUUUGGUCUGGCGCGCCUUCCUCGCUCUCUCGCUCUCUCUCUCUGCCUCCUUCCAAAGGCACAGCAGAUAAGAGCUGCUACCGCCCUCUCUGGGAAGGAAAGGGAUUUCUCCCUCUGUCUCUCCUUUGCAGGACCCAGAACACAGGUAUGGACUAAGCAGGAGAGACUGUGCGUCCCCGAGCUCCGUCUCCCCAUCCAGGCGCCGCGUGCGAGGAGGGCAGCCAGGACACCUGGGCAGGUGUGCAGCCUCCGCAGACCAUCUCCCGCGCCCGCUGCCAUCACCUGCUAGCUCCAGGACCUGUGAAAACGGGGAGAUCAGGCAGGCCAGCCCUGAAGUGCUGCCCGCUGUGCCCGAUGCUGACCAGACCUCCUGCAGUCUCUCUGGGUCACCCUCUGGGAUUCUCGCCCUCCACGCCUAUGCCAGCCUGCCCCUAACCAGCAAUGAUCUUGUGGAACUGGCCGCCCGCCCCACCGCGCCCCCUUCCCCACUGCUACUCCUGCCCUACUCCUCCUGCUGCCCGCAUGCCUGCACCAUGACAGGGGCCCGGCAGCUGGAUUCCUGCGGAGGAGGGCUGCGUGGCCAGGAGCGUGGCUCGGGCUGAGGGAUGGCCUCACUGGACCUGCCCUACCGCUGUCCGCGUUGCGGGGAACACAAGCGAUUCCGGAGCCUGUCCUCCCUGCGGGCUCACCUGGAGUACAACCACACCUACGAGACUCUCUAUGUCCUCUCCAAAACCAACAGCAUCUGCGAUGCCACCGUUUUCCCCCUGGCGUCCGACACCACCCUCCUGACGCCCGCUGCCCGCCGGGACAUCUUUGAGAGCACCUCCUUCCAGGGCAAGGAGCAGCGCUUCACCUGCGACCUCAUCGCCACCGCCACCACCGAGGAACUGGACCCUACCUCUUCGCCCCUUGCCUCCCGCUACGUCCACGAGAUCGAAAUCCCCCUGACUGAGAUCUUCACCCGCAAGGCCAUGACCUCGGCCACCACGCCUCCCGCCGCUGCGGCCGCCGCAGUGGCUGCCGUCGACGCGGCCUACGAGGAAGGCCUGACCCGCCUCAAGAUCCGGGCCUUUGAGAAGCUGGAGGUGGACAAGCGGCUGGAGAAGCUGACCGAGGAAGUGGAGCAAAAGAUCGCCUCCCAAGUCGGCCGGCUCCAGGUGGAGCUGGACCGCAAGAGCUCGGAGCUGGAGAAGGCCAAGCAGGAGAGCAUCCGGCUCAGCCGGGAGAAGCAGGAGCUGGAGGAGAGGGCCGUGGAGCUGUCCCGCCAGGUGGACGUCAGCGUGGAGAUGCUGGCCUCCCUCAAGCAAGACCUGGUGCAGAAGGAGCAGGAGCUGAGCCGCAAACAACAGGAAGUGAUCCAGAUCGACCAGUUCCUGAAGGAGACGGCUGCCCGUGAGGCCAACGCCAAAGUCCGCCUCCAGCAGUUUAUCGAGGAGCUCCUGGAUCGGGCCGACCGAGCCGAGAAGCAGCUGCAGAUCAUCAGUAGCAGCUGUGGGACGACCCCCAACUGCAGCCUGGGGAGGUGCAGCGUGGCUGGGUCCAAGAGCACAGGAAGACCGAGAGACAGGCACUCGGUUCCCGGAGCAACAGCACACAGUUCCUACGCGGUUUCCAACCAAAGAUCAUCUUCCAGCACCGGAGCCUCUAGCCGUGCCAAAGCCGUCUCCCAGAGCUCCGGCUGCUACGACAGCGACAGCCCUGAGCUGUACCAGGGGGACGAGAAUGCCGAUGGGCAGUCCUACCAGGGCGGGCAGAACCGAGGUUCGGACAGUGCUUUCGACAGGCCCGGUGGAGUGAGGGCUUCGGGUCUCCGCAGGCAGGCCAUCCAGAACUGGCACCGCCGCCCUUACCGCAACAGCACCGAGGGAGAAGAAGGAGACAUCUCUGACGUGGGCUCCAGGACCACCGAGUCGGAGGCCGAGAUGUGGGAGACCGAGCCCCCAGCGGAGGCUCAGCAGGAGAAUUUCUCCAGGACCAGAAACAGCUCAAGGCUGCAAGCCAAGUCUGAAGGAGGGAAGGCAGUCCGGCCGGAGAGAGGCAGCCCGGCUCGCUCAAACGAGGUCAUCAGCCCCGAAAUCCUCAAGAUGCGAGCUGCUCUCUUCUGCAUCUUCACGUACCUCGACACCAAGACGCUGCUGAGGGCAGCCGAGGUUUGCAAGGACUGGAAGUUUGUGGCGCGGCACCCUGCCGUGUGGACCCGGGUACUCCUGGAGAACGCCAGGGUGUCGUCCAAGUUUCUGGUCAUGCUGUCACAGUGGUGCACCCAAACACACUCCCUCACCCUCCAGAACCUCAAGCCCCGUCAGAGGGGGAAGAAGGAGACCAAGGAGGACUACAUGAAAAGCACACGGGGCUGCCUCGAAGCUGGCCUGGAGUCGCUGUUGAAGGCCACCGGAAGCAACCUCUUGAUUCUCCGUAUUUCGCACUGCCCCAACAUCUUGACAGAUCGCUCCCUCUGGCUGGCCAGCUGCUACUGUCGAGCGCUCCAAGCCGUCACCUACCGGAGCUCCACUGACCCCGUGGGCCAUGAGGUUAUCUGGGCGCUGGGAGCAGGCUGUCGAGACAUCAUUUCCUUACAGGUGGCGCCGCUGCACCCUUGCCAGCAACCAACCCGCUUCAGUAACCGCUGCCUGCAGAUGAUUGGGCGGUGUUGGCCACAUUUGAGGGCGCUGGGCGUCGGCGGAGCAGGUUGCGGAGUGCAAGGAUUGGCUUCCUUAGCCCGGAACUGCAUGCGGCUGCAAGUGUUGGAGCUGGACCACGUGACGGAGGUGAACCAGGAGGUGGCGGCCGAGGUGUGUCGGGAAGGCCUGAAGGGGCUGGAGAUGCUGGUCUUGACAUCCACCCCGGUCACACCCAAAGCCUUGCUGCAUUUCAACAGUGUUUGCCGGAACCUGAAGUCCAUCGUGGUGCAGGUUGGGAUCUCGGACUACUUUAAGGAACCAAACAGUUCUGAGGCCAGGAAGAUGUUUGAGGAAAUGGUGACCAAACUCCAGGCCCUGAAGAAGAGGCCGGGCUUUUCAAAGAUUUUACACAUUAAGGUGGAAGCUGGCUGUUAACCUUUGCAAGGGGAGAGACCAACGCGCACCCCAGAUUAACACCUCCUGCCCGUCUGUUAGUAAAGACAUCCUGGCGCCAACACCAGCAGCCUGCCUGCCAGCCGCAGUUCUCUGGACUGGCGCUUUCAGAAGCACCCAGCUGAGCGCACGCAUCUUUGAGCAGGCCUUCCGGACUGGGCGCGACGAGCUCCUUUUCCGUGCGGUGAAGGGUCAGCUGUAUCGCUGAGAUGAUGGUGCUAUGAAAACACACAUAACAAAACGCCCAGCAAAGGAAUUUCUCCAGACUGCCAGCGGGAACAUCCCUUUUCCUUCUCCUCCUACUCCUUUCAUCUCGCGGAGGCAGCUGUGCAAGGGAAGCUUGGCCCUUCUUUGCAGAUCCUUCCUUUGCCGUCGAGACUCUCUUUCUUUUCGCCCUUCAACAACUUCUCGGCCAAGGGUGACAAAUCAACAAGGCUCCCUUGACUCCCUCGAUUCGCCCUCCUCCUUUGUGGAAACGACUGGUCGUUCCUUCCGUCUGAAACUACAUCGCCUCGGAGCCUCAUUUCAUCUCUUUCCUUUCGGGCUCUUUCUCUCGCUCACUCUUGGUUUUUUACUGAGGGAGGGGGCAGUUCCUAUUGUGGGGAGAAGCAGGGUUUCCUGCUCAUUUUGAUUUCCCCCCUCUCUCUUAUGAAAGAAAAGGCAAAGCCGAAUUUCCCUGCGGCCAGAGACCACUACAAUCCUAAGAAAACAAAUCUCGUACCUUGCAGAGGAACCCUGGAAUGUUCUCCCCACUCACCAAUUUCCGUCUUGGAGCCAGGAACAUAGGAAGUUGCCUUAUACAGAGUCAGGCCUUGGUCCAUCUAGCUCAGUAUUGUCUAUACGGACUGAUAGCUCCUCUGCGUGGUUUCAGGCAGGGAGUCUUCCCCAGUCCUCCCAGGAGAUGCUGAGGACUGAACCCAGGACCUGGGCCGCUGAGCCAGGGCCCUUGUUCUCUCUCCUGCACAGGCCAUAAAGCAUCUUUGCCUGCAACAUCCUCUUUUCAUCUCUUGCCACCAACUUUUUCCUGAUUCAUGGAAAGCCACCGUCUUCCUCUUCUGGCAGGUGGCUUCGCCGAGUGAUUAAUCGUUUGGCAACUGGCACAGUGGAAAGGAGACGUUUCUGCUUUGAAUGUAAGCCUCCUCCAUCCAUCAUCCCUAGCUUGCCUGCUUUCCAGGAGGCAGGGAGAUCCAGUCCCCCCCCCCCCACAAUUUACAGAUCUGCAAGUGCCCUCCAGGUAUUAACUGGCCCCCGACAUUAACCAGUUCCCAAUCCCUGCCGUUUAUGCCAAGAUUUAGGGAGCACAUAGCUACCAGAAAUUAGAGGAACUAGCUCUGCCCGAAUUUCUCAGGCAGAUGGCUUUGCUUCAGUUGGAUUUCUUGGGGAAGCAGAAGGAUGGAGUUUGCAGUCAGCAUCCUGCUGUGACGAUGGAUCCGCAGCAAAAAUGACACAGCUAGCAAGUGCAGGUUCCAGAUCCUGCAAGGAGGAGCCUGGCUUAUAAGCUCACGGCCAAAGCAUUUGAUCAACCUGAGAAAAUCCUUUCUGGCAUAGCAUUUAUGCUGAAUCCCCAGGGGCAGUCGAGGGCUGGCCUUGAGAGAGGACUUGAGGGGAGCAUUUUCUAGUCUAAGCCAGGGGUCGCUACGCUGUGCCUUCAUCAGCUGGAAUUAUCUGGAGCUGUUUUUAUUCCAUCAGAGCAUCUCCAUUCUUGGGGAGGGUGGGGCGAGGCUGACCUGUUGGGUUUCUGCCUGGUGUGCAGCUGAUGAAGGCACAAGCUCCAUGCCAGAAAAAAACAAGGCAACCCCCUUCUCAGAGGCUACGCUUAUCAGAGCCAACCCUUAUCAAGUAGCUGUUGGACUCCCGGUUCAGUACAGUAAGCCCACAACUUAUACAACUUAAUGCACUUUGCAAAAAAAAAAAAAAUUAAAUUAAAUUUAAAGGGGGCAUGAAUCCAGGAAAAAAAUAUUUGGCAUUCCUAUCCGUCAUUGCACCCCAUAUGUUUUGAUUAUACACAAUUUUGGAUUUAUGCCCAGUGCCCAGAAUGCAAUGUAAGUUGCGGGCUUAACUGUAGUUACAAAGAUAAGUUAUUUGAAAAAGACAGAUAGGACUAUAUAUGGUGGGUUUUAAAGCUUUUAUUACUUGAUAAAGCUUCUAUUACUGAUAAUCAAACCCCCCACACCCAAAAGAAGGAAGGAUCCUUAUUCCUUAUGUUGCACACAAACCCCCCCCCCCCCCAGAAUUCUGUGGCAAGAAUAAGUUGUGCAAAGCACACUUGAUGAUGACACCAUGUUGAUUUGGGGGGUUCUUGAACACAGAAGCCUCAGUGAGCAGGCAGGCUGCAAAAACUGCUAAUUAGUUUAGGCUGCAUCUGGGCUGCUUCUAUGCACCAUUCAAAGUGAAAAGGUUAAUCCUUCUUAGGGCCAUGUUAUCAUUUGCCACUGAAUCGGAGCAAACGUCAGUCGGGUUUUCUCCAAUGGACAGUUGCUCAAAUUUAUCACUAAGGAACGGGUGUUCCACAGGGGAAGGCAGUGGAGCAGAAGCAAAACCACUCGCACCCAUGCUUUUUAGGGACGAGACAAGUGGAUGUCUGAAUGGGCCCUGAAUCAGAAUGCUUCAGGACCCUGGACAGAGCCCCAUGGAAGGUGCUCCCUGGACCCACACAGAGGAGAGAGUAGUUGCCUCAACAAGAUGCAGAGGACUUUUUAGGGCCAAGUGGAAAGUGUGCCUUUAAUAUAGAUAUUUAAAAUAAUUAAGAAGAGUGUGCAUGCAGGUUACAAGCUUCAACCCAGCAGGAGCUGGCUGCAAAUUAGAGAACAGACAGUCUGCAGGUUCUGCCCUCCUCUACUCACCCCUCCCAAUUAACCUCCGUCUCCAAGACAUUACAAAGGCCAACCCUAGGCAUUUAGGCCCUGAAAUCUUAGGUAUGGGAUGCUGCUGAUUCUAGUGUUAGGAGAAAUUCACACUCAAAAGCUGUUGGGUUUUCAUGAGGACUUUAAAAAAUUGACAGAUCUACUUGCAGCUCCCGGCCAAGUGACACAUUGGGUGGAAAUCCCACAUUUGGUGCCAUGUGAAGUGUUAAAUUGCCCUAAGAAGAUCUCUCAGUUUGGGCAGGCAAUAAAUAGUCUCUAAGAAUUCAUAUAGCAACACUGGGGAGAGUGAGAAUUCAGAGAAAAGGAGGGUCAACGGAACCCUCACUGAGAUUUUAGAUCUGCAAAAAUCCAGUUCUGCUUCACAGAAUUAUUGCCUUUUCCAGCAGUCAACUCUCACAGGUAGUGAUUUUUAUUUUAUUUUAAUCCUGAUUCCGAAAGACUUGCACAACCUUUGGGGGUUUUUUGUUCUCCUGUCGUGAGGGCACAAGGGUCACAAAUCCUGGAGUAAAUGGAGAGCUUUUGCAGGAAGGAGGCCCCAGAAUGCAUUGCUCCACCUGCAGCUUGAGAUGCACUGCAUUCUGAGAAAUGCAGUCUUCAAGGAGCAGGGCGCCCUCGUGUUUACAAGGAAGGCAGCCAUUUUGCCAAAGUUUCUUUUUUCAUCACGGCCCUGUCCACUGAAGGGACAGGAGGAGGAAGGGAGCAAAGUGUUUGGUGUGGCCAGCUUAACGGUCCGAAGAGUCUAAAAGGAUGCCUAAAAAACCAGCAAAAAUUAAAAAUAAUCAUCCGAUAAGAAGGAAUGAAACAAAAAGCAACAAGGAUGGAGGAGAAAGUGAACACGAGCCUCCUAAAUUCCACAUUUUGAUACUUUUUAAACACAAGAGUUUUCUGGCAGUGGCGAUAAACCAUGACCUUGAACAGUCGCCUUUGACACAGUGCAGAAACUUGAACAAACGUUACCUUAAAUUCAAGAAAAGUCAGUAUUUAUUUCUAUAAAGAAUUAAAAAAAAGACGAAGAGAGAUUUUAAAGCAAAGUUAUUUACUCAGCAUGUGUCGCUAUGCUCUGUUCUUAGUGAGGGAUUGCUUUAACUGAGAGUCGUUUGGGGGACUGAUUUAUUUAUUUUGGUUCCUCCUCGUUCAUCAAGGGCAGAGAAGCUCAGCUCAUGAGGAUGUUUGCUGCUGCUAUGACUACAAUUUCCAUUAAUUUCUGCCCCCUCUCGCCUUCUUUUCCUUUUUGAAAGAGAGUGCCAGAGAGGAAACCAGCCCAUUGGAUGUGAGGAGGACUCAAGAGCCAAUUCUGGCCUGAUACUAUCUUUCUUGCCCUCGUUCUAAUGCAUCCUUCUGCAGAGUCUCUGGUAGUGGAAGAAUCUAAGGUUCGGGUCCCCCUGAUUAAUCCAGGGAUGUGCCCUCAGGGCUGUGGAUUUAGCUGGAACAUUCUUUCAUUUUUGGAAGCGGGGGGCAGCUGUGACAGCAUCCACCUACGGCAAGUCCUCCAAGCAAUGGCAUUCGACUGGAUGGAGUGGCUACCGGGAGGGGGAAGCUUUCCCUCCUUCUCCUCUUGUUGCCCCCAAGAUCGCAUUCCAAGGGAUGUGUGAAUAGAGGGCAGCGGUCAAGAACAGCGCAUGGUGCGCAGCGAUUCGCCUGGGAAGCCACGAUUUCAUGUUACCAGGACAUAUAACUGGGAGGUGUAGGGAAGGUGGAAGAGCAGGAUUAAAAGGUGUGACUCAGAGGAACAGAGACCAAAGUGUCUUCUAAGAGAUAUUUCAUCUCUAGGUUUGGAGGGUUGUUGGGGGAGGGCGAGGAGAGCAAGAUGUUUAUUUAUUUAUUUACUUACGUGUUUAUUUAUUUAUUGGGUGGAAUGACGUCGCUAUUUAUUUUCUCUUUUUUAAGAAAAUAAGAAUGAUGAUGAUGAUGAUAACUGUGAGAUUCUCUGCCUGUGAACUUUGGUCAAAAUUGAGCUAUGGGUGUGUGGUCUCCCUCCCUUUUAUUAUUAUUAUCAUAAAUCCCUGACUGGUUCAUGGCCUUCCCUUCUUCCCUGUCCCCCACCCCAUCAGUCUCACAGCUCACUGUGCUGAGAAGGCAGGAAAAAAGAGGUUUGUAAGUGGAUGAUGAUGUGAUGUUCGCUGGAAAUUAUCCCCCCCCCAAUCUCUGCAGUGUUAACCCUUGCACACUUUGAACAGGACCUGAGCACUUUUGAUAUAUGUUUUCUUUCCUGUUUAAAACUUAUUCUUAUUCUUAACCGAGAAAUCAGAUAGUUGGGGCCACGAUCCAGUUAGCACCUGCAAACCUCACAGAUUCCAAUGGGAAACCGCAGAGCCUAGGCUCAACUUUCUCCUAGGGGCAUCAAUAAGACUUAAAAGUGUUUUACUUUGUUCUGCACUUAUCUAUUCAGAAGUAAGUCUAACUGAGUUCAAUGGGAAGCAUGUAGACUAACAGGAGCUGGAUCAAGCCCCCUGAACUUCUGGGUGUCAUAACGUAAAUUUGAGCCAAAAACUUGUUUUGUGUUCUUUUUUAAAAAAAAACUGGGUGGGAGGCAGAAAAUGUCUCUGCAAUACUUUGAAGGCAAAUGAAUUUUUCUUAAUGUGAUUAUUUGUAUUACUGGGUUCCGUGAGGAUGUUCUAAAGGCCUUUGGGGAAUAUAAACAUUAAUUGAACGGAUAGUGCAGGAAAUGGUAUGCUCAGGUUGAAGAGCUGCUUAGUACAUCAGCAUGCCUCUGUCGAUCACUCCACCCUCAACGGCUCACAGCUGAAGCCCUGCUCAGAGGUUUGGGUUGCCCUCCAUGCCUUCAAUGGGUACAGUGUGGGGCAACAGGCUCCGCUCUCCCUGCCCACAUCUGCUAAAUACAUGGAGAAGAACCCAGAUUUAUUAAAAGGGCUUGGAUGUGCAAGCAGUUUUCCCUUAAAAAGCAAGGGGGCAUACAAACAUCCUUUUCUAUGGGGAUUGCACUAUGAUGGCAAGUUCAUACACACAGGCUAUGACUUACUGGUGCACUCAUUGAGAAAUUUGCAUGCAAGUGGAAGUUGAGCCACAGUGUAUUGGGGAGGGGGCAUUUCCCAACAGCAGUUCACCUUCUGCAAAAUUGGGGUGGCUAUUUUUGUGCAGAGAGGCUAUACCAAGGGUCGGCAAAGCUUACCAGCCAUGGGCCGGAUCACUCCCACUGAGAUCCUCCGUGGGCUGGACCGGCGCAGCACGAUGCCAGAAAUCGCGUCUGCACAUGCGCAGAUGCCGAAAAUCACACCCACACAGAAGCGUUUUUUGGCAUCCGGGCAUGUGCAGACGCAGUUUCCGGUAUCUGCGCAUGCGCAUAUGUGGUUUCCAGCACCACUUGGCAAGUCCCCAUGGUGUGCUGCACUGGUUUAGCGCAGCGUGUGGGGGACUCGCCAAGGGAGCAGCUCGUGGGCAGGUAAAACGGUCUUCAUGGGCCGCAUCCGGCCCAUGGGCCACACGUUGCCGACCCCUGGGCUAUGCUAUGCAGUUGCUACCUGUAUAGUAGCAAGGAGUGGGGGAGGAAUUUGGUUCAGAUUGCAUUCAAAUUCAAAUUUCCCAGAUUCACGUUUUUCCAAAACAGCACAGGAACUUUGAAAUCCACAUAUCCCCAAAUUUUGCAAUGCAUUUCUCCAGACGAGUAAUGUGUGCCCCCAAAAAAGGGAAUUCUGUUAAAUGUGCAUAUAAAUGCAUACAUCAGUGAAAAUAGCACAAUCAGGGGAAAUGCUGUGGAAAAAUGUCUUCGGUCUGUGAAAUUGCAUACAAAUAUGUGUUUAUUAGGAGAAAUUUGCAUGAAAUUGUGAUGGAUUUUCAUAAGCACUUUUUUAAAAAAGAAAGAAAAAGAAAAAUUGCAAGUUGCUGCAAAAUGUAGAGAACUGAUUAAGAUUGGAACACUGAGAAACUGGAAGAAACCAAAAUUGACAGAUUCCCCCACCCCUAAAAGUACCUGCUGCCCCUUUGACUUUGAAGGAGACUGCCCAGCACUAACCGUGCUUUGGAGGGAGAUGGGGACAGAUGGCGGAGUCGCCGCAAAAGGCAGCGAUUUAUCUUUCGCUCUUUCCAAGCAAACUUCACACCUCCCUUUUUGCAAUGUCACCUUCUGCUGAGCAAAAUGAACCUGGGGAAAAUCUGGCACAGCUGGCGCACGAAGCGCCGCUGCCGCUGAGUAGGUUUGUUUUAACAUGGUUUGCAAAGUGGAGGCGCCUCUUUGCAUUUUGCGAAGAUCGAAGCCCGUUUCGGGCGGCAGCAGGAGCUGCCC